AUGUCGUCGCCAGGCGAGGCUGCUGCGCGCCUGGCGCUGAAAGGCGCUCGUCGGAUCGUGAUCAAGGUGGGAACGGCUGUUGUGACGCGUUCAGAUGGACGGCUCGCCCUCGGGCGAAUGGGGUCGCUCUGCGAAGCGAUAGAGACGCUCGUAUCGGACGGCAGGGAGGUGAUUCUGGUGACAAGUGGCGCGAUCGGAGUGGGCCGGCACAAGCUGCGCUUCCAGCGGUUCAUGCGCACGAGCUUCAAGGACCUGCAGCGCCCGCAGGGGGACGACAUUGACGGCAAGCCGUGCGCGGGCAUCGGGCAGGGCCAGCUCAUGGCGCUCUACGAGUCCUUGUUUAACCAAGUGGACGUUGGGUGUGCCCAGUUGCUGGUGACAGAGCGUGAUUUCACGGACCUGCAGUUCCGCAACCAACUGCGCAGCACCGUCUCCUCCCUGCUGGACCACCGCGUGGUACCGGUGUUCAACGAGAACGAUGCCAUUUCCACCCGCGUUGCUCCCUACAAGGACGCCACUGGUAUUUUCUGGGACAACGACUCUCUCGCAGCUCUCCUAUCCCUCGAGCUCCUGGCAGAUGCGUGUGUGCUGCUGUCAGACAUUGAGGGGCUCUACACCAAGCCCCCCUGGGACCCUGACUCGGAGCUCAUCCACACCUACGUGCCGAGCGUGCAUGGGGACUCAAUCAAGUUUGGCCAGAAGAGUCGGCUGGGGCGCGGCGGAAUGACAGCCAAAGUCGAAGCAGCAAUCCACGCGUCCGGAGGCGGAGUGCCCACAGUCAUUGCGAGUGGGUUAUCAAGCGACGCGGUGCUGCGAGUGCUGGCAGGGGAGAUGGUUGGAACGCUCUUCCACAAGGACGCUCACCUGUGGGCCGUUUCCAAGAGCGUGAAGAGCGCUGGGAGAGACAUGGCCAUUGCUGCCAGGGAUGCCAGCCGGAAGCUGCAGGCUUUGACUACAGAGCAGCGCAAGCAGGUUCUUUUGGACGUUGCAGACGCUCUGGUGAAACGAGAGGCUGAGAUCGUCGAGCAGAACGCCCACGACGUACGGACGUCUGAGAUCAACGGCGUCGCACCGGCGCUGCUGCAGCGACUGAAGCUGAAACCUAACCGGAUUCAGCAGCUGGCGGAGGGCAUUCGGGCCAUUGCGGAGAUGCCUGAUCCGAUAGCAGAGACACUGGCUCGCACGGAGCUGGCAGAGGGGUUGAACCUGGAGAAGCAGCGGUGGCCACUGGGAGUGCUGCUGGUGAUCUUUGAAGCUCGCCCUGACGCCAUGCCGCAAAUCGCAGCGCUGGCAAUUCGCAGUGGCAACGGGCUGCUGCUCAAGGGAGGCAAGGAGGCACUCAACUCCAACCGCAUCAUUCAUGAGGUGAUUGCCUCCGCCCUGCCACCGGAGGUGGGCCCCUCACUUAUUGGCCUCGUCACUUCACGCGACGACAUCUCGGAUCUGUUGAAGCUGGACGACGUGAUCGACCUGGUGAUUCCGCGCGGCAGCAACGCGCUGGUGAAUCAUAUCAAAUCGCACACCAAGAUUGCGGUGCUGGGCCAUGCGGACGGCGUGUGCCACGUGUACGUGGACAAGGCAGCCAACCUCAAGAUGGCCAAACGCAUCAUAUUGGAUGCUAAGAUGGACUACCCCGCUGCCUGCAAUGCCAUGGAAACUCUGCUACUCAACGAGGAGCUGGUGAAGUCGGGAGCUGCAGCAGAGCUCAUUCAAGAGCUCAAAGACAAUGGCAUAGUCCUUCAUGCAGGCACGACCGCUGCCCCAGCCUUCUCCCUGCCUGCAGCCGCCAAUCUGCACCACGAGUACGGGUCGCUGGAAUGCAUAGUUCUUUAUGCAGGCGCGACUGCAGCCCCUGCCUUCUCCCUGCCUCCAGCAGCGAAUCUGCACCACGAGUACGGGGCGCUGGAAUGUACGGUGGAGAUCGUACCGGACAUUGACGCGGCCAUCCACCACAUCCACACGCACGGCAGCGCGCACACCGACGCCAUUAUUACGGAGGAUGAGGAAGCCGCUAAGAAGUUUCUGGCGUCGGUGGACAGUGCGGUCGUGGUGCACAAUGCCAGCACUCGCUUCUCUGACGGCUUCCGCUUCGGGCUCGGCGCCGAGGUGGGCAUCAGCACGAGCCGCAUACAUGCGAGAGGGCCUGUCGGGGUGGAGGGUCUUCUCACAACGCGCUGGCUGCUGAGAGCACUACUAGCCAUGGCUGCUUCCGUCGCCUCUUCCUCCGCCGCCAUUUUGACGAAUCAAGGGGCUCGGUUAAUCGCACGCGGAAUUUCUUCGUCGAAGACCUUAUCCGGCGCCUCCCUGAGUGCCGAUCGCGUGCCUCUGCCACGUGUCACAACGCGAGGGAUUUACGGCAAGGCCAGGCUGGCAGUGAUGGCUCAGGCUAAGAUCGCAGCAGCAGCAGCGGCAGCGGCGGCCACGGAACCUCUGAGUGCGGGCUCGCCCCCUCCUGCUCUCUUUGACGGCACCACGCGCCUAUACCACUACAAGGCUUGUCCCUUUGCUCAACGGGCAGUGAUUGCCGUCAGCUACAAGGGUCUUGAUUUUAUCGAGCGAGUGGAGAUCAGUCUUCGCAGCAAACCUGAAUGGUACACGGAGAAGGUGUAUCCGCCAGGCAAGGUGCCUGCCAUGGAGCACGCCGGGCAGGUGGUGGGGGAGAGCCUGGAUCUGCUUCUGCUGAUUGACGAGUGGUUCGGCGACAAGGGGCCGAGAAUCGUACCCGAGGACCCUGCCCUGGCAGCAGAAGCAUCAGCACUCGUAGCAGCGUGCGGGGACAUGAUGAUGGCUGGAUACUCUGCCCUCUCCCAGCUUUAUCAGACGGGCGGCGAGACUGAGGUGGAGGCUGCAAUGGGAUCGCACCUGAAUUCCAUAGAGGCGAGCCUGGGCAAGCACCAAGGAAAUGGGCCGUUCUUUCUAGGAAGCUUCUCAUACGUGGACAUCGCGUAUCUGCCCUUCCUGGAGCGAUUCAAGAUCGCCUUUGAGCAUUUCUGCCACACAGACAUCACCAAGGGUCGCCCCAACCUGCAGCGCUGGUUCGAGGCAGCAGCAACCAUCCAGGCAUACACAGACACGUGCAUGGAGAGAGAUGCCAUCAUUACUACCUAUCAACAGAUGCUGGAUAACAAGUACUUUGAGAGAGCAGGGGUGGCAAGCUUAACAACUGCCGCACCAGCUGCAGCUGCUGAGACGUAG